AUGAACAGUGAACAGAAACAAAUUAGAAAUAAUUAUCUCUUUAUGAAGAAAUGUGUUGAAAGUAAUCCAGUGGUACCUAUUCAGCAGGAAUGGUUAAUCUCCAUGCUCACAUUGGUACCUCAAUCUCUCAUGGAGGGCAAGGAUAGAGAGAAACUGGUUGAAGAACUCUUAAAUGAGAUAACAAAUGAUUAUGAAAUGAGUAUGAAAAGAUAUAUGGUACGAAGCGUUCUUAUCAAGCCUGAAGUAAAAUUACUUGAAUAUGAAAAAGAAGGACCUUUGCCAGUUGAACCUGAAGGAUUAGACUUUUCUAGACCAUGGCAUAAAAGUUUCAUACAAGCAAGAAAGCAGAUUUUUGAAAAUUUACAUAUUCUCCAUCCAACUUUAAGAAUUCUCCUUGAAAUUGGUUACAGAAUGUUUUCCAAGUUACUUGUAGUAGAUGUAUCUUGUUUCAGGUCAAGAGGCCCAGUAGAAUGUGAAUCCCUUCAAAAUGAUGUCUCUAUAAAAUGCUUAAAAACAGAAGAAAAGAUAUUAAACACAUGGUAUCCAAGGGUUAUCAAUCUCUUUACCAGAAAAGAAGCACUGGAGGGUGUGAAACCUGAUCAAAUGGAUUCUUUCUAUAACUGUGUGACUACACUUAUGUCUAAUCAGCUGAAGGAGUUAUUAAAAAGAACUGUUGAAGCUUAUGUGAAGUUGUUUGACUUAGAAGAUCAGAGAUGGCUGCCUUUGUUCAGAAUGGAAUUGACUUUUGAUGAUGAGAAAAUGGACUUUUAUCCUAGCUUUCCGGAUCUGGAAGAUACCAUCUUAUGUAUUAUUACUUUGAUUGCACAAACUUUGCAG